AGAUGAUUACCCUCUAGGCCUCGACUGGCAACAAAUUGUUAUACAAGUCACACAAGAAUCUUACUGCUGUGUCUUUAAGGAAAUAAGGAAGUUCACAAGAAGCCUACUUAAAACCGAAAGUGAUUUUGAUCUGUCAAGCUUUGGCAACAUCUUGGUCCAAUUAAUACUGCAUGAGCAUGGAGGUGUAGAAGCACCCUGGCCUAAUAUUAUCUACAGAAGAAAACACUGAAACGAUGUAAUUUUUAAAAAGAUUUGACUGAAAGUUAAACCAACUGUUUUUUGUUUCAUCUCCCGGAACUUCUGCAUCCAAGCAGAUCGAGAGGACUACUCUGCUGAGUCAGAAGCAUUUAUGCCAAAAUAAAGGUAAAAUUAUCAGGGUAUAAAGUGUAAGCUUUCUCUGACAAACGUGAAAAACGUUGCAAGUCCGAGAUGGAUGACGACGCAGUGGACAUGGCGUCAGACAACAGUCUGCCAUUUGGAUACGGGGCUUCCGCCUUCGGGAGUGAACAUGGAGAAGAAGAGGAGGACGUUAUUCCUGAAAGAACACUUCCAUUUAACCUCGGAUACUCAGAGCCUUUGGGACAACACGUGGAGAGGGCAGAGUCCCCUGCUUCCAGCUAUGCCUCCAUGCACAGUGACCUCUGGUCAGAAACACGGGAAGACCAGGAAGCGAGUGACACGCUGGUUCAGUUGGUCAGACAGGACUCGUCUGCCUCUAGCAGUGAUUCCUUUAAUAGUGAUGAGGACUUUGAGGGCAAUGCUGAAGAAAUCUCACAGAAGAAGAGCAGGGCAAAAGAAGCAGCCCUGAAACAACAAAGUGCUCCUGCUUUUGUAAAACCAGAGCUGCAAGUAGAUCCCAAUGAGAAAAGGCACCCAGCAAUGACAGUGGAUUUUGCUUUUAAGGCCCUCACAAUGUGCCUACAGAAACUUGCAGUGGAUGAAUUAAAGUUGUUUAAAAAACUGCUGUGGGAAAGAUAUCCUGAACGCUUUCGUGAUCCCAUGGAGGGACUUGAUCUUGUGGAUCUGGUGGAUAAAAUGCUGGAGCUCUGUGAUAUUGAGGUGUCCCUGAAAAUCACGCUUGUGCUCCUCAGAGACAUGAACUUAAAAAAGCUGUCUGAAUAUCUGCAAGGUCUAUGCAAAAGAAAUGAAGUGCGCUUCGAGUUGAAAUUGACUCUGAAGAGGAAGUAUGAGAUGGUAUAUGAGGGUUUAACCCAACAAGGGCAGCCUGUCGACUUUGAGUCUGUCUAUACGGACCUUUACAUUUCUGAUGGCAUUAAUGCUGCAGUGAACUCUGACCAUGAGUUUAGAACAAAGAUAGAAGAGCUCCAAGAAACUGGCAAAGUGAAUAGAAAACCAUUGUCCUCAAAGGACGUUCUCGCCCCAGAAAUGGUGAGGUCAAGGCAUGUAAGGUCGGUGUUAUCUAAAGGAAGCCCAGGAAGUGGCAAAUCAUUUGCAGUGCAGCGGUUCAUUCUUGACUGGGUGGACGGAAAAGUGCACCAAGACAUUUUCUUUCUCUUGCCUCUGCACUUCAGGGAACUGAACCAGAUGCGAGAUGGAGAGUACACCCUCAUGACCCUAGUGAACACCUUCUAUCCAGAGAUGAAGGGCGUGGAGACUCUUGAUUUUGAAGGCUGCCCAGUUAUGUUCAUAUGCGAUGGACUAGAUGACAGUCAAAUCCUCUUUGAUUUCCGGAAAACUGUGUAUUGGUGUGAUGUAAAUAGGCCUGCAAGCGUGCAAGUGUUAAUCACCAACCUCAUCAGGGGUAACCUGCUCUAUCACGGCUCUAUUUGGGUCAUUUCAAGGCCAGGAGCUCUUGAUGUAAUCCCACCAGAACAUGUCCAACAACUUCUGGAAGUCCGAGGCUUUGACACUGAUCAGAGAGAGGCUUAUUUCAGGAAUACAAUCAGAGACCAACAACUUGCUGAGAGAGUGAUUGCUCACCUCAAGUCUUCAAAGACACUAUACAUUAUGUGCCACUUGCCACUGUUCUGCUGGGUGGCAUCUAAAGUUCUACAGCGACAGUUCCAGUCUCUUCCACCAACAGGAGAGCUGCCCAAAAGUCUUACCAAUCUGUAUACCAGUCUGCUGCAUCUUCACACUCAAAUGUGUGUUCAGAAACUGCAAAACGAUCCAACCAAAGAGACCAAAGGUCUUACUGCUGAGCAGUUGCUCACUAAGCUUGCAAAGCUGGCCUACAGCAUGCUUGAGAAGGACCAGUUUCAGGUGGAAAAAGAGCACUGGGAAGAGAUCGAGAUUGACUCUUACCCCGCCGUCGUCUGCUCUGGUCUCUGUUCUGAGUAUUACAGAGAGAAGUAUGUGAUGUAUACGGAGAGGGUAAGCAGCUUUUCCCAUCCGACCAUUCAAGAAUUCCUUGCUGCUCUUCAUGUUUUCAUCUCUUUCAAAAAACAUGGGAAGAAUGUCCUUGAGCCGAACAAGUUUUCCAAAAAGGUCUUGAAGGUUUCUUUGGCAGAGCUUCUUAAGAGUGCAGUUGACAAAGGAUUAAACUCCAAAAAUAGCAACUUUGACAUUUUUCUGCGGUUUCUUCUGGGUUUGUCUGUGGAGGCCAACCAGGAGCUGCUCAAAAACCUCUUCCAGAUUCCAAUUGUAUCAAGCCAGCAGGCACGGGAAGAGACAACUCGCUAUAUUAAAAAGAAAAUCAAAGAAAAUCACUUCCCUGAAAAAACGGAAACCUUGUUGCGAUGCAUUGAUGAACUUAACCCCCAACUGUAGCAUUGGCCUGUUUGUAAAAAAUAGGAGGAAAUACUAAUAUUAAAGUCUCAUGAUGAACCUCUGAGAGUGAUAGUGUGAUAUAAAUUAGUUUCAUGCCACAAGAGUGAGGUGCUAGAAAAAUUGUCAAUGAAAAUUCAUCCAGGUAUUCAUAGAAUGUCUUGUAGAAUGUAUUUUAGUGUAUAACCACUGAUAUAUAUAUAUAUAUAUAUAUAUAUAUAUAUAUAUAUAUAUAUAUAGCUGAAGCAACGGUAAACUGCCAGCUGGAGGUGAAGCCACCGGAAGUGUGAGCGGCCAUCUUGCCAUAGAGCAUCAAUUACUGACAGGCAAAAACGCACCCGUUUUACCAUUUCUGAUCUCCGGAUACGACAGUCGCAUUACGCCUGCCAGUGAUAAUCAUGUUUAAUGUUUAAUUUGCUUGUUAUGGAUAAUAUUCGUUACGAGGGAGAAGAUAUACGCUGAUCACGAUGUCAGAUCAUUCACCUGCCCUGGUGUUCAGUCUAUCAGUGCAGCACAACAAUCACUAAAGGAAGCAGGAAAAAUGUCCAUAAGUUGUAAUGUAAGUAGAAAAAUGUACUUGUUUUAGGCUUACAACACGUCCUUUCCUUCGGAGUGACUUUAAAAAAGUCAGACCGGGAUUUCUAAAUCACCUUAAAUGCCUGGAAUUUGCUUAUUUUCAUAUUGAAGUGCUCUCUGUAGUCAUACAUGGAUACAUGUCAUAAAUACGCGUUCGUUUGCCAUUUAAACCUAACAUAUCUGUUUAAUUUUAACCAACUUUGCUUUGCAUGUCUCCCUCUCUGAGUGUCCGCUGUGCAUGUGAUAGAGGGAGAGUGAGCGUGCACUCUUAUUCAAGUGACCGUGAGAACAAGGCACUUUUUUGAUGAAAACAUAAAACAGUAACUCUGAGCAAACACUUCGAUGUUCACAAUAAAUAAGUCUGAAAAUGUCUGUUUCUAUCUUACCUCAGUUUCAGUGAACUUGUUUACAUUCAGCUGAUCUGUUCGCUGAUGAAGUUUGUUAGAGGUGGAUACUGUUUGAUACAGAUAUACAUAACUUGCAUGGGCUUUCAAGAAACGGGAAAAAAUAUCCCAACUUUAAAUAAAAAAAUACAUGUGUAGGAUGUUUGCGUUGUAGGGAUGUACAUGCAGAUUUCAGAUAUAAAAUCAGUGAUUGAAUGACUAAUGUUUACUCGCUGAAAUUAGAUGAUUUCCUAUUAAGUCAUUAGGGACACUGGAAUGUUUGGGCAUAGCAAUAUGGCGGAGCAGUGGCUUCACUGAUAUGACGUCAUCAGAAAUCCAGUUCUAUAUUAUUUAUCAGUGGGCAUAACAGAUUACAUAUUAUAAGAAUUCCUAAACAAUGUGUUUUGGACAGUUGUUUCCUUAUAUCAGGAUGUUGUUACUGCAGCUUUUUUGUAUUGACAUUCAAUGGAUUUUUUUUUUCUUUUUUUUUUUAACAAAUGUGUAAAUUAUUUUAUACAUUUAUUUUUCCUUUUAAAAAAUCCUAAUACAAGCAUUGGUGUUGAAGUACAUCAAUGUAAAGUCUAGAUUAGAUGAGAAAUGCUGUUACUAUUUCAUAUUUAAUCUCAAUUUAGCAUAUUUAACAGUUAAUAUUUGUGUGGCUCAUGCCUAUAAAAUAAAGGGCUGUUCCAGUGGCA